GCUACAAAAAGACCGAGGCGAAGCUCUGUCACCCACAGCUGCGUGUAGGAAUAACGUUUACUGUGUCCACACAGGAGCUUCUUUUGCAUCAUGGAGGAGAAACACAUCAUUAAUUUUAGCCCUGGACCUGCUAAACUCCCUCAGUCUGUGCUGUUCCAAGCACAGAAGGAGCUUCUGAACUACAGUGGAUUAGGUAUCAGCGUUCUUGAGAUGAGUCACCGAUCAUCAGACUUCAAUAAAAUCCUCAGCAAGGCAGAAAGUCUCCUGCGAGAGUUGUUAAAUAUUCCAGACAACUACAAGGUGUUGUUUCUGCAGGGCGGCGGGUCUGGACAGUUCAGUGCGAUUCCUCUCAACCUGAUUGGCCUGAAAGAGGACACGUGUGCCGAUUACCUGGUGACUGGCACAUGGUCAUCAAAAGCGGCAAAAGAAGCAGAGAAAUACGGCAAAAUCAACAUUGUUCACCCAAAGUUGGAUAGUUAUACAAAAAUUCCCGACCCCAGCACCUGGACCCUGAACCCGUCGGCCUCCUAUGUGUAUUACUGCUGCAACGAGACUGUUCAUGGUGUGGAAUACAACUUCACGCCUGAAACUAACGGGGUGCUCCUCGUCUGCGACAUGUCCUCCAACUUCCUGUCCAGACCAGUGGACGUAUCAAAGUUUGGGCUCAUUUUUGCCGGGGCUCAGAAGAACGUGGGCUGUGCCGGAGUCACGGUGGUCAUCGUGCGAGAGGACUUAUUAGGACACGCCCAGAAGGAGUGUCCCAUUGUCCUGGACUACAAGGUGCAGGCUGAAAUGAACUCCCUCUACAACACGCCGCCAUGUUUCAGCAUCUACAUCAUGGCUCUGGUUCUGGAGUGGAUCAAGAAUAACGGCGGCAGCGCUGCCAUGGAGGUGCUCAACAAGAGGAAGUCCUCCAUGAUUUACGACAUCAUCAACUCAUCUAAUGAUUUCUACGUGUGUCCUGUGGAGGUGUCCUGUCGAAGCCGCAUGAACAUUCCUUUUCGUGUCGGGAAGAAAGACGGCGAUGAAGCCUUGGAAAAGAAGUUUCUGGAAGGUGCUGCCAAACGUGGCAUGAUUUCACUUAAAGGACACAGGUCAGUUGGAGGAAUCCGAGCGUCUCUGUACAACGCAGUGACUCUGGAGGACACUGAAGCCCUCGCUGACUACAUGAGAGAGUUCCUCAAGGAGCACCAGUGAAACCAGCUGCUCUGGACUGCACAGGCUGUUUGCAUUUAAUUAAUAUAGGAUGAUUUAAAACAAAGUUUGAAAACUUUAUAUUGUUCCCAUUGAGCUAAAACCACUCCUGACUGUUGUGUCUGUAUAGCCCUAAUGUUUUUAUGUACAUACUUGGGUAGUUUUUGUUUAAAUAUUUACAAUAAAUCAGAAUGACCCCCAACACACACACACACACAC